AUGGAUGCACUUCUACAGGAAAUACAGACUGAAUAUGAAGAUAUACAGAAAGCAAGGUUAUUAAUGGUUCAGAGUGACUUUAUAAGGGCAUCUGAGAUUUAUUCCGAGGUUCUAUCAAAAAUGGCUGAAAAAGAAAGGGAGGACAGCCUUAAAAUGUCUGUUGUGUAUUUAGAGUACUCUAAGUGUUUAUUUUUGUCAAAUGACAAGCUAGUAAUAAACCCAGAACUAGAAGAGGACAACAAUUAUUUAGAAGAUUUAAGCAUUGCGUGGGAGUUAUUAGAAAUAGCUAAGAACACUUUUAGAUCUCACAACUUUACUAAUGAGCUAAUAAAGGUGCACAUUCUUCUGAGUGAUAUUGCGCAGGAGACGAACAAUUUCACAGAUGCACUGGAAGAUCUCUUAUCUGCAUUUUCUCUUAUAAAAGAGCAGAAUAGCACAGAUUCUAGACUGCCAGAUAUUUCAUUGCGCAUUGCCUUUGCAUAUGAAGCAUUGGAUAACAAAGAGAUGGCAAUCCGCACACUAGAAAGUAUCAUUGAGCUUAUAAGCACUGAGGCUGCAACAAAAGAAACUGCUGAGAUAAUUGAGGAGGUUAGGCAGAAGAUAGAUGAAAUAAAGCACCCAGAGAAAUACAAGGUGGAUGUAAAGCAGGUACAGAGUAAGAUUGACAGUACCCAGCCAGUGCAAAAGAUAAAAAUCACCAAGUCGGAAGCACCAUCAAACUCAUCUUCUAAGAAUACAGAAUAA